AUGCACUUCUUCAAGAUUGUUCUCGUUGUCAUCGCUCUAUGCUUCGUCACUUAUCUCGGAAAGAGCAAUGCUGCCACACCAUAUGAUAUCUUCCAAUUCGUCCAGCAAUCCCCAUUCGUCUUCUGCCUCCGGAAUGGAAUUUGUGGAAACCAACCAGUUCUGCGGCAUACCUUUACGACACACGGCCUCUGGCCGAGCAACUUUACCGAUCCAUCUGCACCUAUACUCUGCGCUGGUACCGUAUUCAACAGAAAUGAGAUGAAUCCUGAUCAUUCUCUGCAAUUACUUUUGUCCAAUUCCUGGCACAACUUCAACAUUAGACGGACAAAUAUGGAUUUCUGGGCGCAUGAGUACAACAAGCACGGCAGGUGCUCGGACAAUAAAUUUUCCCAGACACAAUACUUCCAUGAAGCUUAUAGAUUAUGGUUUACCUACAAUGCACAACAUCUAUUGUCUCAAACAACUGGGAUUGUACCAGGAUAUCAAUAUCGUUACAUCGACCUUGAAGGACUAUAG